AAUUCACGCAAAGAUACACGAGCCCGCCCGAUCAAUUCCGAACGUCAUUCGGCUUAGCCAUUACAUUAUGCGUAUGUGUGUAGCCUCACCGAUUUAAGGAAUAUAUAUAGCUAACCACCUAAGCUUCGAUAUUUUGACCGCGAGGGGGCAGACUUUAAUAGAAAAGCGCGAUUUGCAUUACGUGCUUACUCUCAAUUCCUCUCUGAUUGUAUCUCUAAUAAAUAAAGUUUUAUUCGAAAAUAAUAAAUAAAAAUUUGAUAGCAAAGUUCACAUAAGUCAAUUUCAUAUCGCCAAAUUUUCUUUUGAAGUAAUUUUAGUUUGAGUCAACAGAGUCUUACAAGCAAGACCAAUUUUUUAUUCUCCAUAUGUUUUCUAAAUAAUUUUCCAUUUGCAUUUUGGAAUAAUAAAACAAAAAAAAAAGUUAAAUAAAAAAAUUAAUUACUUAAUUAUAACAAAAAGCAAAGAUAAAUUUAGAAAGUGUUAAGUGAACAAUACUCAGAAGCAAGGCAAACGUGACAAUUUUGCUACUUUUGAAUAUGAGAUAAAAUACUGCUAACCAAACAACAAUUAAAAUCGGAAAAUCUACUACAGUUAAAAUCUGAAAACCUACAACAAUCAAAAUCUGCAAAUUUGCAACAAUUAAAAUCUGAAAAUCUGCAAAACAAAAAAUGGGUUUUCUCUUACAAUUAUUUGGAUUGGUUAUAAUUACCCUGUGCUUUGAUUUCGGUGAAAGUUUUCAAACAAAUCCACUUGGAAAUGAUCAACAACUAACAGAAGAACUUCAAUCAUUAGUUGGUGAUGCAGUAUUUGGUUACGAUGAAUUAUCACUGACAUGGUGUCAAAAACAACAUCCUGACAAUGUUUCAUUGGAUCUUUCAGAAUUAGGAAUAAGAAAUCUUCCGAAAAAUUUUAUUUCCAGUCAACACGUCACUUGCUUAGAUUUGCAAAACAAUGAAUUUGAAAAUAGGAUAGAAUUUAACAUCUUUAAGAAACAGCCGAACCUUGAGUACUUGAAUUUAGCCGAAACCUAUGUAAACCUACAAUAUUUGCUAUAUGAUGCUUCACAUCCAAAAAUUAAAACUUUAGUUUUAGAUAGAGCAAAUAAUUAUGGGGACAAUGAGAAUGAAAAGGUACUUCAUCUUCGUUUUCCCAAUUUAGAAAAUCUUUCUUUACAACAAUUAAAUUAUCACAAUAGUUACAAUCCGUAUUUAUCCUAUAUCGAUUUUAGUUCAACAAAAUUAACUCACUUAUAUUUGUCAAACAAUAAUAUUCCUAAAUUAAAUGAUCAGUUUUUUGAAAAAUUCCCCUCAACAUUGACACAUUUAUUUUUAGAAAGAUGUAAUCUCAAUUCAUAUUCAUCAUCAAUAAAUCAAACAGCAUCUUUAAUAUCUCUAUCAAUGGAUGGUAAUAAAUUUUCAUGUUCAAAUGGUGGUUGUUUAGAUUUUGAAAAUCAUCCAGAAUUAAAAUAUUUAUCAUUGGCAAAUUGUGAAAUAAUUUCACUUUCACACAAUACAUUUUUAUCAAAUUUAAAACUUAUUCAUUUGGAUUUAUCAGGAAAUCAAAUUCAACAAUUAUCAGAAAGGACAUUUCUCAAAACACCAGCACUAGAAUCAUUAAAUUUAAAUGACAAUCAACUUUGGAAAAUACCAAAUCUUCAUAGUUUGAUUAAUUUGAAAAAAUUAUAUGUUAAAAAUAAUCAAAUAACAAAUUUAGAUCAAGAUUCAUUUAGUAGUUUAGAAAAUUUACAAAUUUUAUCAUUGAGUACAAAUAAUAUUAAUUCUAUUGAUAGUAAUACUUUUGAUAAUUUGUUGAGUUUAAUUGUACUUGAUCUUUCUGGUAAUCAAAUAAGUAAUUUAGAAUAUCGUUCAACAUUCAAUUUGCAAUAUUUGAUUUUAACAAAUAAUACAAUUUCAUCGAUGGAUAAUAUACAAUUGGGAAAUAAUACAACAUUAGAAUAUUUGGUUCUUGUGAAUAAUCCAUUAAUGAGUAUAACGCCUAAAAUGCUUCAAUUUUUACCUGAUGAUACGACAAUUGUAUUGAAAGAAAAAUCGACUGUGUCAAAAAUGGGUUUUCUCUUACAAUUAUUUGGAUUGGUUAUAAUUACACUGUGCUUUGAUUUUGGUGAAAGUUUUCAAACAAAUCCACUUGGAAAUGAUCAACAACUAACAGAAGAGCUUCAAUCAUUAGUUGGUGAUGCAGUAUUUGGUUACGAUGAAUUAUCACUGACAUGGUGUCAAAAACAACAUCCUGACAAUGUUUCAUUGGAUCUUUCAGAAUUAGGAAUAAGAAAUCUUCCGAAAAAUUUUAUUUCCAGUCAACACGUCACUUGCUUAGAUUUGCAAAACAAUGAAUUUGAAAAUAGGAUAGAAUUUAACAUCUUUAAGAAACAGCCAAACCUUGAGUACUUGAAUUUAGCCAAAACAAAUAUACACCUACAAUAUUUGCUAUAUUAUGCUUCACAUCCAAAACUUAAAAUUUUAGUUUUAGACAGAGCAUACAAUUAUAGGUUCCGUAGUGAGAAUAGAAAGGUACUUCAUCUUGAUUUUCCAAAUUUAGAAAAACUUUCUUUACAACAAUUAUAUCCUCACGAUAAUUACAAUCCAUAUUUAUCAUAUUUCGAUUUUAGUACAACAAAAUUAACACAUCUAUUUUUGUCUAACAAUAAAAUUGGUGAAAUAAAUGAACAAUUUUUUGAACGAUUCCCCGCGACACUAACACAUUUAUUUGUAGAAACAUGUAGUCUCACUUCAUAUUCAGCAUCAAUGAACAAAACAAAAUCAUUAAUUUCUCUAUCAAUGGAUGAUAAUAAAUUUUCAUGUUCAAAUGGUGGUUGUUUAGAUUUUGAAAAUCAUCCAGAAUUAAAAUAUUUAUCAUUGGCAAAUUGUGAAAUAAUUUCACUUUCACAUAAUUCAUUUUUAUCAAAUUUAAAACUUGUUUAUUUAGAUUUAUCAGGAAAUCAAAUUCAACAAUUAUCAGAAAGGACAUUUCUCAAAACACCAGUACUAGAAUCAUUAAAUUUAAAUGACAAUCAACUUUGGAAAAUACCAAAUCUUCAUAGUUUGAUUAAUUUGAAAAAAUUAUAUGUUAAAAAUAAUCAAAUAACAAAUUUAGAUCAAGAUUCAUUUAGUAGUUUAGAAAAUUUACAAAUUUUAUCAUUGAGUACAAAUAAUAUUAAUUCUAUUGAUAGUAAUACUUUUGAUAAUUUGUUGAGUUUAAUUGUACUUGAUCUUUCUGGUAAUCAAAUAAGUAAUUUAGAAUAUCGUUCAACGUUCAAUUUGCAAUAUUUAAUUUUAACAAAUAAUAUAAUUUCAUCGAUGGAUAAUAUACAAUUGGGAAAUAAUACAACAUUGGAAUAUUUGGUUCUUGUGAAUAAUCCAUUAAUGAGUAUAACGCCUAAAAUGCUUCAAUUUUUGCCUGAUGAUACGACAAUUGUAUUGAAAGAAAAAUCGACUGUGUCAUAAUAAAAGAAAAAAUUUAUCUCUA